AUAAAAUUAGCUAUAAUGCUAAUCAAAUACAUCAUUAUAUUGUAUUUAAUAACGCCAGACUACAAUGACGGCUUGUCUAUAAGAAAGGAUAUCGAAUUUGCUAAACAGUUUUUGAAAUACCACGGGAUAUCAGAUGAGAAUGUAUGUGUAAAAAAGUACAUAGAACAAUUAUGCUCAAAUGAUGAAAAAGAAAUAUGCAGCGCUCGGCUCUUAGGAAAGAAAAUGGAGUUCAAACAAUUUAAUAACUCGUGUUACAUGGAUUUUAAUAAUUUUUGCGAUUCUCAAGACAACAAGUCGACUGAUGAAACUGAAUUUAUCACUGAGUUGACUGAUGAAACUGAAAGCACAGAUGAAACCACAUUCGAGUCUGCAACUGAUGAAACUGUCACAGUUGUUGCUACAAUUACAGUGACUGGCGAUGAAAAUUUAAGAAUGGGAGAGGAAAUUGGUACAAUAGUUUAUGAUGACGGGUCCAAGGUAGCACUUAGACAGGGAAACUCGACCCGCUUCCCCCCAAUGAAAGGAAUUAAAACAUAUAAAGGUGAACCGUGCGAAAAAUAUGUAAAACCGUGCCCGGUUCUCUACUUCCCUAUAUGCAUAUAUUACGAGAGAGAAAACCCGAAUAAUGUCACAUAUUACUACUUUAUAAACAGCUGUGAAGCGCGGCAGUGGACUUGCUAUCAUCCUGAGCGUCCAGUACAUGGCUCGAGCAGUUUAAGAGCUGGAUACUGCGCUCACAUACAGUACAUAAACUACGCCCGGUUCGUCCAUGUGAUCUCGGCGUAUGGCCACUACGGCUGGCUACAGGGGCCCUGGCGAUUCAACCACAUCCUGAAGCCCCACGAGCGCCUUAACUAAACUCUCAUACGUCGGUGUGGGGCCACUACGGCUGGCUACAGGGGCCCUGUCAACCACAUCCUGAAGCCCCACGAGCGCCUUAACUAAGCUCUCAUACGUCGGUGUGGGGCCACUACGGCUGGCUACAGGGGCCCUGUUCAACCACAUCCUGAAGCCCCACGAGCGCCUUAACUAAGCUCUCACA